AUGCAAGCCCAGCCCAACGCCGCAGUGUUCUGCGAUUUCUCGGCGCAGAGUUGGCAGACCAUGUACAAUGGUCAGGGACCAUAUGCGACGGAUGGGACCUUCCAGACGGUGGAUUCGAGCGCAGGGCCGAGUCGCGUCCUCACCCGACGUCAGCGUGCGUUGGCCCAUGAGCAUCGUCCGUACGAUAUCCAGGCACGUCUUCAGUCCUUCUUGCUCUCUUAUGCUGUACUCAUCUUACUUCAAGCACUCCGCCCAAUUCGGGCAUGGAGGCGAGUAUCGCUCAUCACGACUUCAAUCAAGCCCGACAAGACGCGAGUUCACCCCUUCUGGGCUUUCUCCUCUCAGCAUGCCGCAGGGAAUGCAAUCGCCUUACAACAAUCCACUCACGCCCUCUACGACUUCUUCACCUUACACUACCUACAGUUUCUUUGGACAUUCUCGUGCCAACUCCCUUUCCGCAGCGACAAAUCGCGCAGCAUCUCCGGCGCUCAGUACUGUCUCCGCGCUGACGUCGUGUCAUCGGCAUCGCUCCGACCAGAGCGCCCAAUAGCACGAGCUCCUCCUCCUCCUUCGGUCUCUCUUCCACUUCUGGCUCUCCGCUCUCUGGAUCCGCGAGCACCAGCGCGUCGGCCAGUCCGCAACUCGCAAGAUCCUGAAGAACAAGACAAAAUGGUAAAUGUCCCUGUCGAUGAGGAACUGAAGAUUGCCAAGCACAGGCCGUCCAAGUUUCCUGAAAUCGAAACGGAUAUGAUGGAUGUGCUGCUUGCCGCUCGGGACAACAACGCUCCCCUGACUGAUGCCUUCAUCCGGAUCAAGGCUCGCGAAGUCGCCCUGAAGUUAGGCAUCGGUGAAGACCGUUUCAAAGCCAGUGCAGGAUGGGUGGAAAAUUUCAAGCAUCGGCACGGUAUCAAGGGUGGAAUCUGGUCCGGACAUGGGCGAAAUGUUCGCGCGGCUGCCAGUCGUGGAGCUGGGCUCGAUCCCAUCUGCUGGGAGAUUCCAGCUACUGGCCCAUCCUGGCUGAUGGCGCCGGUCGAGCCUCCACCUGGUGUACAUCCUUCUUCGGCGCCUGUCUCUCAAAGUCCCAAUACACCGGAUGAGAUAGCGCCCGUUGUCGAUGCAGCCAGCUGGAUGAUGUCGAAUGCACCGCCGCCUCCGUCGCACGAUGAUCCGGGCAACCUUUCGGGAUGGUUGACGCAGUCGGAGAGCGCACAAUCUUCUGUCGACGAAGCUGCAUGGAUUUCUCCCAACCAUAACGGUGAGAUGGCAGCCGAUCAGCUGUCGUCGAACCAACACUCGGCAAAUGCACCAUGGGCCAUGCAGCAGACCACGAAUGACGACGAGCAGCCCCCCUCGAAGGCCCACGCCAAUCUGGCUUUCAACUUUGUCACGGAUUAUCUGAGGCAAUGCGGGCAGGAACUUGAUCCUCAGCUAGCCGCUGCGGUGUGUUACAGCCAUCUCCCGAGGGGGGAACUGACCUGCGACUAA